UUUCCCAGUACCUAAAGCUACAAUUUAUCAUCAGAAGCUAGUUUUUGGUCUAGUCAAAUUUAAGACAGGGGUAUGACCGUCCAUUAACUCGAGCAUUGAAAUGAGGACAUCAUUUUUUUAAUCACUAAAACUUUCAAAGUCAAACUUUACCACUUACCACGAAAAUUACCGGCAUCAAAAAAUAACGAAACAAUACGUAGGGGGGGGGGAGGCGGAGAGAACCGGAUGCGCAUCUACCGUGCCGACGAUGGGAAACCUAAUCACGUGUUUUUGAGAAGCGAUGAACCGAGAGGAAUGAUUUUUAAUGUGAAGAUUAACAGCAGUAGUCGAUAACUUUAAUUAGAUUCGAAGUGUCGUGGAUUUACACAAACCAGUUUCGUAUUCCUUCAAAAAUUUCAAGAUGUCUAAUUGCUGUGAUAUUAAUGUUCGUGAUCGUGAUAAAAGCAAACUCCUUUGCCUUAUAUUUUUGGGAUUAAUUGCGACAGUUUUAGCAAUAAGUGUCAUAAAGUACUUCAGCUACAAACCCGUUCAACCAUCACCAUCAUCAAAUAAAACCUUGGAUUAUUUGGUAUUAUCGGUGACAUGGCCCAUUUCAUUUUGCAGAUCGUUUAAAAAGGAAAAAAAUUGCACUCAUAAGUGUGUGUCAGAAGACAACUGGAUAAUACAUGGAUUUUGGCCGAAUAAAAAUAAUAGAAGUGUUGAGUUAAGCCACUGCUCUAAAUCACCGUUCAACGAUACUGAAAUAGAAUCGAUUCGAUAUCAAAUGGAAGAAUAUUGGCCAACCAAGAAUAACUGCUACAACAAUUCCGGAUUCUGGGAGCAUGAAUGGUCAAAACAUGGAACUUGUGCCUUACAACUCGAGCCACUCAACACUCAACUGAAAUAUUUUCAACGGACUUUGGAAUUGUAUAAAGAGUAUAAUGUGACAGAAGCGUUAAGAGAGUGUAAUAUUCAUCCGAAUGAUUCGACAUUAUAUCAGAAAGACGACAUCGUAGAUUGUUUUUCGAACCAUUUCAAUGUGUCUCCGCAGUUAUCUUGCAAAACUCGUAAAGGUAAUAAGACGUUCUUAGAGGAGAUCAGGCUCUGUUUUAAUAAAGAAUUGAUUUUGCAAGACUGUAAGACUUUUUCUGCCCAAAAAGAUAAUUGUAACGGAAGUCUUAUAUAUCCAGCUCAACUUUGAACAGUAGGUAAAAUUCACCUUUGGUUAAGUAUAUCGGGUCUCUGUGCUGUCUAAAGCUACGUUCUCGUCUAGUCAAAUUUAAGACAGAAUUGAAGUAGGAAUAAUUAAUAGAUAUCAUUUCUCAUUUUAAUUCAAUUUAAAUGUUUUUUACCUAUUUAUUUAUUUUUGAUUUUUGAUCCGCGAAGUAUUUUAUUUUGUAUAGUUAGAAUAACAUUUUCUUUUUAUGAGUAAGUAGGUACAUAUUGGCGUAAAAUGUUUUUAUUACCUACUUGUUAUUUUAUCUUUUUGUACGUAUUUUUAUUUUAUUGAUUAAAACUGUAAUAGGUCUAGGUACUGAAUACCUAAGCCUGAUUUUGUUCUUCCUAGUUUAUCAUAAUUCAUUUUUCGUUGUGCCAACUCGGCAGGUUGUAAUUUAUAAUUUAUUGAGAUGUUUCUGAAUUUCGAAUAUAAGAGUUUUAAGCACCCA